AGGUUCAAAAUUGGAGGAAGUAGAGCAUCCAGAUAGAAUUAAGGUUGUGGAAAUGGUGGGAGGUGUCUUUCUACUCUGCAACGGGACCUCGAAGGUGCCAGCUGCAUCGUAAUACAAAGUCCUCCCACCAGGUAGAAGAGAUAUAAUCGUCCCAUCAAGAUAAAACGGUUCAAAUUCAAAACAAUUUAUAUAAUAAGGAUAAAUGUGUUUUAUUGUAAAAAAAAAAAAGAAUAAAUGUGUUUUAAAUCCGGACCGUUCUAUCUUCAUUCGACGAUAAAAUCUCUUCCUAAUUGCACACAAUUUUUACCACAUUCAAUCCGGAUUUGUUUCAUGGCCCAUGGGUCAUGUCUCACGUGACUCAACAAAAAAGAAAAAAUAAAUUUGAGAGAUAUUUUUACUCUCCAAUGAUUUCCUUAAAAUUACACUCCUCCGGAUUAUUAAAAUUUUAAGUUAAAAUUAUCAAAUGCAACUAAGCCAUUAUUUUAUAUUACAUUUCAUUUUGUGCUUUUUCAUUUUUUAUUUAUUUAUAUUAGUCCAAUCCCUCAAACUCAAAUCUCUACCUCAUGCAUUUUGUUGUUGAACACGACCGCCAGAGUCUACUUUCCUCCUUCAUCUUCUCUGAUGCCGAGAACCAUCUUUUUGUUUUUGAAUACUUCUCUCAUGUUCUUUAUCUAUUCCUCUUCCGAUUCAUCUUUCUUCACCUAUCUUCUUUAUGUACAUUUGAUCAUUUUUCUCUCCUGCAUUUGAGACACACGUUUCCACGGUGUUUUCUGGUGACCGGUUAAUGACAUCACCUGUUCACGUCUACAUCGGAAACAUUAACCGGACCGGCCAGUGGCCCAGUACGCGAUGAACCGUUCCACUCAUCGUUAUUCAUUUUGUUAUAAUAAUAACUGCACUGAAACUUGGACUCUACGUAAGGUAAUAAUGUCUCUGCAACAUGAUACUCAGAGGAAGAAGGGGUAUAAGAGUACCGGUCGUCGGAGAAGAGAGGACGUCAUUUUCAUUGUAAGGAAGAAUAAACGGCAGGACUCUCUCUCGAAGAGACGAAAGCUGGUUCGUCAGGAUAUUUCUUCUCCGUUGAUAGAUGAUUCUCCUCCGUCCACCAUAUAUAUCCCAAACCAUGAUGUUCUAGUGUCCCAGCUACAAACCAUUCGGACAAUGACACUGACAUUAUUGUCAGACAACCCCGCUGCACAACUUGAAGCAACUACUCAGUUUGGAACGCUAUUAUCAAAGGGAUACAUCCCUCUAAUUGAUAAGGUGAUCCGGGCAGGUGUUGUCCCUCGGUUUGUGAAAUUUUUGACAAGGGAAGAUAUGCCCCAACUGCAAUUCAUGGCAGCAUGGACUCUGACCAACAUCGCCGCGGGACUGUCUGAGCAUACAAGAAUUGUGAUUGAUCAUGGUGCUGUUCCCUUGCUUGUGCAGCUUAUGAGCUCUAGUAAUGAUGACAUCAAAGAACAGGUCAUGUCUUCCUCAGUCUCGUGGCAUAAUUGCAUUGAGAAACCAUUGUGUAUGUAUAUAUGUAUCUAUGUUUGUAUUGCUUGCUUACACAAUUUCAAUGUCUCGUGUAUUGAACAGACAUUAUGGGCAUUAGGUAAUAUUGCUGGUGAUUCCCCGAGUGCAAGUGAUCAUGUUCUUAAUGAUGGUGCACUUUUGCCAUUAUUGUCUCUAUUGUGGAAUCCUUCUACAACAAAAAAAUCUAUAUGGAAUAUUGCUAAGUGGGCCUUUUUAAACUUGUGUCGUGGAAAGUCUCUUCCAACACUUUAUGAACAGAUACGGCCAGCAUUGCCUGCCCUUCGGGAACUCUUAUUGAUGCAUGAUGAAGAAUUUGUACUAUAUGCAUGCCAGAUUCUCUCCUGCAUUACUCAAAAUGGUUCAAGUGAAAUGGUCCAAGCUGUCGUUGAAGCAAAUGUUUGUCCACGACUUGUAGAGUUACUACUGUUUCCAACGUCAAAAGUUAUUGUUCCUGCUCUGCAGAUUCUAGGAGAUAUUGCUUCUGGUGAUGAUGCUCAGACUCAGGUUCUAAUUAAUAGUGGAGCUCUCCAUUGUCUUAAGUUUCUUCUUACACAAAGUGAUAAAAUCAUCCUCGAAGAAACUUGUUUGGCAAUUUCCAAUAUCACAGCUGGGAAUAGUGCUCAACUACAGGCCGUCCUUGAUGCUGAUCUCAUUACUCCUCUUGUCUGUCUGACGAAGGCUGAAUUCAACGUUAGGAAUGAGGCUGUGUGGGCAAUUUCCAAUGCCACUCACGGAACUCCUGAGCAGAUUCGGUCCUUGGCAUGUAAAGGGUGCAUCGAGGCACUCUGUGAUCUCUUGAUCAGUACAGACCCGAGUAUUCUGACUGUUUGUCUAAAUGGGCUGAGAAACAUUUUAAAGGCAGGAGAAAUUAACAAGCAAAAGGGACUAUAUAACAACGGGGUCAAUAUCUACGCUCAAAUGGUAGAAGAGUGUGGAGGAUUGGAUAAGAUUGUAAGUUUGCAAAGCUACGACAACAAUGACAUUUAUAAAAAGGCUGUGGAGGUUUUGGAGAAAUAUUUUCCUGAGGACCUUGAAACGGUAGAUGAAGAGAAUCAUCGUAGCAAUGUGGAUGGUACUUUGCAGCAGUAGAUGACCAGGAUCUUCAUAAAUUUCAUAACAGUGUGGAUGGUAGUGAGCAAGAUUUCUCCUUCGGGCCGAACUCCCCUACAGGCUUAUAUUGAAUAGUUGUCUUACAUAUACUAACAUUAUAAUGAGAGAAAAGAAAAAUUAUAUUUGGACAUGUUAUAUUUGCUCCCUGUGUAAUCUUGUAAUGCUCUUUACUGUAUAGUUAACUGAUAUUUCAUGGAGUAAUGAUUGUUGCAAUAUAUGCUCAAUUGUUUUAGUCUCUAUGUACCUUCUCUGGCAAUGUGAAAACUAGUUUAGGCUAACUCUAAAUACCUUUGAUCUCUUCUCAAAA